GGUUUCUUGUGCAUUGGGACCAAUUUGAUUCUUCUCUCUAUCGUCUUCUUCCUCUGUUUCGUCAGGGUUUCCUUUUCUCACUUGGAGCUCCCAAUUGAAACCCAAUUUCGCAAUCCCUCCACACUUUCUCGUUCGGAAAACUCGCGAAUUGGAAAGACAUCGACGGCUCCGCGUGAUACGUUCUCUUCCUGUCUAGUUAUCAAUGUUGGCUAUUAGUGCAAUUGCAUCUUUGCCCGUAUUACCACCAGUCAGAAGAGGUGGCCACUGCAUUGAACAGAAUGUUGUUUCCACAUUGAGCUUUCCAAGACGACUACAGACGACUAAUAAUUCAAUAUCUCUGAGUAGUACACAGUUUCCAUUCGGUAGAAGAACUCGUUCUACGCAGCUAGCAACUAUAAUAUGUGCUGCAGCUUUGAAUGCAAGAUGUGGUGCAGAGCAAACCCAAACUGUUACUCGCCAGGCUCCUACAAUUACUCAUGUUCCUGGCAAGGAGAAGUCACCACAACUCGACGAUGGUGGAACUGGAUUUCCGCCUCGUGAUGAUGAUGAUGGUGGUGGUGGAGGAGGUGGAGGCGGAGGCAACUGGUCUGGUGGAUUCUUCUUUUUUGGCUUUCUCGCUUUUCUUGGCUUCUUAAAGGAUAAGGAAACUGAAGACACAUACAGGGAUGACCGAAGAAGGUGAAGAAUUGACCACCACAAAUGCAUGCUUUGCUUGGAGUAUUUUGCUGCUUUAUUCUUUGAUAUCCUCUCUCAUAUAUGCAUACCGUAGAUUACAUUGGUUAACUGAGGUUCUGUGCUUGCCUAAGAUAAUGCAAUGCGCAGAAUUUUGUAUGUUACAAAUUCAAUCCCACUUGAAAGUUUAGUAUGGAAGGAAAUACUGUGAUAAUUAGUAUCAAAUUACAUCAGCAUAGUAGUUAUGUUUUUUGACUUAGAUAGUACAAAUUAGCUUUUCAUGGUCCUUGAGAGGAGCACUUUGUGGCGGCAUACACUAGCAAAUGCUCUUUACCUGGUUAAUCUUGGUUGAAUAUUAUUAUGUUACAAUCUAGUUUGAUGCUAAUUUAGGAUACAUCAAAAAAAUGUUUCUAGAACGAACAAAAUUAUUGUCAUGAUUGACGUGGGCU